UCGCCCAAAACCCUACUUCUGGACUACUCUUCUCUCAAAAUUCUCCUGAAAAUUUAGGCUCAGAAAAGCAGAGAAAGUAUACCCUUGGUACUGGUCUAGGAGAAAACCACGAAGCGAGAGAGCAAUGAAGAUUCAGGCGAAGCUGACCUGCUGCAGCAGGCUGAUGCUACUGUGCCUUUUUCUGGAGCUGCUAUUGGAAGCCGAGGCCGAGAAUAUCCGCUACUCAGUGCCAGAAGAGACGGACAAAGGUUCUUUCGUGGGCAACAUCGCCAAGGACCUAGGGCUACAACCCCAGGAGCUGGCAGAUCGCGGAGUCCGCAUUGUCUCUAGAGGUAAGAUGCAGCUUUUUGCUCUGAACCCGAAAACUGGUAGCUUGGUCACUGCAGGCAGGAUAGACCGGGAGGAGCUCUGCGCUCAGAGCACACCAUGUCUUGUGAGUUUUAACAUCCUUGUUGAGGAUAAAAUGAAGCUAUUUCCUGUCGAAGUGGAAAUAAUUGAUAUUAAUGACAACACUCCCCAAUUUCAGUUAGAGGAACUGGAAUUUAAAAUGAGUGAAAUAACCACUCCAGGCACCAGAAUCCCUCUGCCUUUUGGGCAAGACCUCGAUGUGGGUAUAAACUCACUCCAGAGCUACCAACUCAGCUCCAACCCCCAUUUCUCCCUGGAUGUGCAACAGGGAGCUGAUGGGCCCCAACACCCAGAGAUGGUGCUGCAGAGUCCCCUAGACAGAGAAGAAGAGGCUGUCCACCACCUCCUUCUCACAGCCUCUGAUGGAGGUGACCCAGUCCGUUCAGGGAUCCUCCUAAUUUGUGUUCAGGUGGUGGAUGUGAAUGACAACCCUCCAGCGUUUACUCAGGCACAAUACCGCGUGAGUGUCCCAGAAAAUGUGCCACUGGGCACUCGGCUGCUUGUGGUAAAUGCCACUGACCCAGAUGAGGGAGCCAAUGGGGAAGUAACAUACUCCUUUCACAAUAUAGACCACAGAUUGGCCCAAAUAUUUCAUUUAGAUUCUUAUACAGGAGAAAUAUCAAAUAAAGCAUCACUGGAUUUUGAAGAAUACAAAGUUUAUUCAAUGGAAGUUCAAGCUCAGGAUGGUGCUGGGCUCAUGGCCAGAGCUAAGGUACUGGUCAAAGUUUUGGACAUAAAUGAUAAUGCCCCCGAAGUGACCAUCACCUCUGUCACAACUGCAGUUCCAGAAAACUUUCCUCCUGGGUCCAUAAUUGCUGUUAUCAGCGCAGACGAAGACUCUGGGGACAAUGGCCAUACUACAUGUUUCAUUCCCAGAAAUCUACCCUUUAAAUUGGAAAAGUUAAUUGAUAAUUAUUACCGUUUAGUGACUGAAAGAACAUUGGACCGAGAACUUACCUCUGCGUACAACAUCACUGUAACAGCAACAGAUCGGGGAACUCCAACCCUGUCUACCAAAACUCACAUUUCCCUGCUAGUGACAGAUAUAAAUGACAACCCCCCGACCUUCCAUCAGGACUCCUAUUCUGCCUACAUUCCUGAAAAUAACCCCAGAGGUGCCUCCAUCUUCUCUGUGAGGGCCCACGACCGGGACAGCAAUGAGAAUGCACAAGUCACUUACUCCCUGGCAGAGGACACCAUUCAGGGGGCGCCCCUGUCCUCCUACCUCUCUAUCAACUCUGACACUGGGGUCCUGUACGCACUACGAUCCUUCGACUAUGAGCAGUUCCGGGACUUGCAAUUCAGAGUCACGGCACGUGACAACGGGAAUCCUCCACUCAGCAGCAACGUGUCGCUGAGCCUAUUCGUGCUGGACCAGAACGACAACGCUCCGGAGAUACUGUACCCUGCCCUCCCCACUGACGGUUCCACUGGUGUGGAGCUGGCGCCCCGCUCCGCAGAACCCGGCUACCUGGUGACCAAGGUAGUGGCGGUGGACAGAGACUCAGGCCAGAAUGCCUGGCUGUCCUACCGCCUGCUCAAAGCCAGCGAGCCAGGGCUCUUCUCAGUGGGGCUGCACACAGGCGAGGUGCGCACAGCGCGGGCCCUGCUGGACAGAGAUGCACUCAAGCAGAGCCUCGUGGUGGCUGUCCAGGACCACGGCCAGCCCCCUCUCUCAGCCACCGUCACACUCACCGUGGCCGUCGCUGACAGUAUCCCUGAAGUCCUGGCCGACCUGGGCAGCAUCAAGACUGCUGCUGAUCCCUACAAUUCAGGCCUCACGCUGUACCUGGUGGUGGCAGUGGCCGCGGUCUCCUGUGUCUUCCUCGCUUUCAUUAUCGUGCUCCUGGCGCUCAGGCUGUGGCGCUGGCACAAGUCACGCCUGCUUCAGGCUGCGGGAGGUGGAUUGGCAGGUGUGCCUGCCUCACAUUUCAUGGGCGUGGACGGGGUGCGGGCUUUCCUGCAGACCUAUUCCCACGAGGUCUCCCUCACCGCAGACUCGCGGAAGAGCCACCUGAUCUUCCCCCAGCCCAACUAUGCCGACACACUCAUCAGCCAGGAGAGCUGUGAGAAAAAGGAUAUUCUAUCAGCACCCCAGUCUUUACUUGAAGACAAACAGGAAACAUUUUCUCAGGUAAACUUUUGUAGAGAAUUUAUAAGCUAUCUAGAUAAAAAUAAUUUAUGA